UUUUCCUUCCUUCCUUCCUUCUUUCCCUCCCAACCCCGGGAAGGAAGAGAGCAGGACUUCUGGAGAGGAAAUGCCAAGGGUCUUGUGUUAGCCUUGUCGGGAGGAGGAGGAGAGGGGCGUUUAAGCUCUUUAUUACUCGGAGGAAGAGAGCUUGGCAGAUGUCCCAAGCGAGAGAACCUCUUCCUUCAGGGCCUGAAGGGCCAGAGCGCGCAGCUCCGGCUGAAAACAGUUUUUUGAUCUCGCUCCCUCGAGAAAUAUGUGAUAGAGGAAGAACAGCGCUAGGAGAGAGAGAGAUCAGAGAACCUUCAAAUAACCCAAAUAUACAAGUAGAUGCAGAAGACCAGCCUGUCUGGGGGAAUUGCACUGGUGAUGACCUCAUCAGAACACAACCUCAGCGUUUGCCACAACCAAAUGCUUCACCGCUGGAAAAGUGUAAGGAAGAAACAGGCAAAAUACAAAAUGGCCAUACUGGGCUGAGUAACACAAGUGGGAUGCACAAUGGAGUCAAGUGUGGGGCACCAGAUAACAGAAAGUUCUCGGCACCUGUUUCCCAAAAAAUGCACAGAAAAAUUCAGUCCAGCUUGUCUGUCAACAGUGGAAGCAGCAAGAAGAGCUCUGUGUACUCUCACAAGCCAGGCUCUUCACCUGAAGAUUGCUGUGUGCACUGUAUCUUGUCCUGCUUGUUCUGCGAAUUCGUCACCCUCUGUAGCCUUGUUCUGGGACAAGCGUCAUGUGGGGUCUGCCCAGUAGAAGCCUGCUGUUGCUGCUGUGGAGAGGAAAUGGGAGAUGACUGCAACUGCCCAUGUGAUAUGGACUGUGGCAUAAUGGAUGCCUGUUGUGAAUCAUCAGACUGUUUGGAAAUUUGUAUGGAAUGCUGUGGGAUUUGUUUCCCAUCAUGAUAACUUUUUAUCACUUUUUUCUACUUUCUU